AUGAAGCUGCGCUGCCGUCGAAGUGCUGCAAACUCUUUUCCUAGCACCCUACACACGCGUCCUGCCACUCGUGGGCUGUCUCUCCGCGCUUCUUCUGCCCGACUUGCGCAUGCGUACGCCGAUCUUGCAGAAAAGCCCGCCAAGCCCUAUCCUCUCUUCUUCUUCCACUUUCGGCGCCGUUUUUUUCCAGCCCUGCGCCGGUCCGUCGCCACAGCCAGCACUGCGUUGCAUCAUCUUCGCCAGGUACCCUUUCCCACACUGACACUGCCCCACGCCUCUGCUUUUCUGACACGUCCUCAGCCUGUUUCAAUCCAUUUCCGGUUCGACCAUUCACUCUUCCAUCAUCAUGUUGCUUUCCACAUUAUAACACACGCCUCCUCUGGGCCCCCACCCCCCGCCCAUCACCGUCCAUACCGAGACAGUCACUUACAGACCACCAAACAACUGCCUGCCCCUUCUUCGUCAUUCGACUGUUCACUCGACUUGCACCACCACACCUCUUCUGUGCUCAACCUGCGAUCUGUCUCCGGCCUUUUUCCAGCACUGCACUACACUGCGUCUUUGAAUCAGACGCGCUUCCUUGGGUUGCCGUUGUUGAAGUCUAUUCAAGGCGACUACUUGUACAUUGCACCACUUCACGUUUCAUCCCGUCGAUAA